UCCGGCAGGCGGCGGCGACUCCGACCCCUAAUCUCAUUCAACGGCGUCGGAGAACCUCGCUCCGUUAGGUGGCGGCGGAGGAGCCUCUUCAGAACCCAUAGUCCUUAACCAAUGGCGUCGGAGAGCCUCGCUCCGGCAGGUGGCAGCGGAGGAGCCUCUUCAGAACCCACAGUCGUUACCCCUAAUUGCAUUCAACGGCGCCGGGAAACCUCGCUCCGGCAGGUGGUGGCGGCGGAGCCUCUUCAAAACCCACAGGCCACAACGGCUCUUCAGAACCCACAGGCGACAACGUUUCGUCACCCGGAUUUGUCCCGCUAUAACAAAUCGAAUCACUGGAUUUCGGCGAGUCAAUAACUCGAUAAAUGCUUCUCACUAUCUACCACUCUACUCCUCUGCUAAACUGAUAUUCUUCAAGAGACGAAAUUGGGUAUCUUCGUAUCUGGCAAGUAGGGAAUUGACAAACAGAUUUGGGUUUAUGCAGUUGUUGCAGUAGUCGUGAUGAAAAUAGUGCCAUAAACUAUAAUCACAACUUUGGAUAGCCUGAGCGAUCAUGUUAAUCGACUGAACAUUAACGAGGCAUGAGAGUUCAUUAAAAGAUCUGAUUAUAAGGUUAUGGCUUUGGGCAGGAAGUUCAAGCUGAUUAAGGUGGAGGGACUCAAUUGAAUGAUAUUGUAUACUUGCAGGUAUGAUUGAAAUGGAAUGUUUAUGAAUAAAAUGUGUUUAAGUUCAGGCUUUAUUGUAUUUAGCUUAUAGGAUGAUGCGAAACAAAUAGGGUGCUAAGGACUACUGAAUUAGAAUGAAGAUCAGUUCAUUGAUUUUUGUACAUUGAGUUUUCAUUUUAUCAUGUAAUGAAAUUAAGUUCAGAAGAGAAUAAGGUCUAAUAUGAUGAAUUAUGUUUUGUCCAGGAGUUUCAGUACAACCAUUGAAGGAAGAUGUCACACCUUAGAGUGAUACAGAUGUGAUGAAAUAGAACAAGAAUCCAAGACUGUCAUACUUUAGUAAGUUUUUCUUCUUCAAUUUUUAGUUAUGAACAUUGAUAAAAGGUGGGUUCAUUUCAGCUUAGAGUAAAACCACGUCUAAGCUUCGUAUAAGAUUAAAUUUCCAUGGGGACAUUAUGCAUUGCUUUAAAUUUGUAUAUGAACUGAUAUAAGCUUUAUGUUCUGCGUCAACAUUAAGAGAUGAUCCUCUUUGGUUCUAUAAGGGUUAUGAUGGUAGCUUAGUAUACUGGUGUAAUAGUUCUAAUCAUGAAUGGGUUUUAAUUAAAAAAGCGAUUAUCAAGAAUUUCUGUUUUGCUCACGUUAUUAUCAAUUGUCAUGAAGUUUACUUUCAAUGUAAUUGAUCAGCAUGAAUUCUUCUUUUACUCGAAAAAUGGGACUAAUUAGCAAGAAAAACUCUAACCAUACAAAGAAGUGAACAUUUGUAUGCAGGGAAGCUAAUAAGGAAUAUUUUAAUUAGAAUACAAUUAGACUUCUACUUUUGUGCUAAUUAUUCCGAGUACGUUAAAAAUUCUCCAGUUCCACUUCGAAUUAAUUUGUCCCUAUUAAGGCAGAAAAAUAGUUUGUCUCCAAUUCUAAUAAUAAAUAAACUCCUAUAAAUUGACCGUCCUAGAUCAAAAUCAGGCAUUGCUUCAUUAUUUCUCACGUUAACUCUAUCCUUGCGCUUGCUUCCGCUCUGCAAUAUGUCCUCCGAAACUCCAAAACUCCUACAGGAACUCACUAUCGGUGACAAAAAGGGAGUACUGAAGCUCCGUCUCCUCCACUCAUGGCUUUCGCCAAAUCCAGCUAAUCCUGGCUAUGUGUACGACUACAGUACCCUAUAUGUUAACGAGACGGUAAAGUACCUUUCGCUUUCCCUUCUAAUCAUAUGUUCAACAGUUAUCUACCUUCCUGACUUUGUCUCUUUACAAGGCAUGUUGAUCCAUGGCCUUAGAUCGUACUUUUGCUGGCCAUUCGAAGUCCAAGCUCACUGUUGGAUCUGUAUAUGGUAUAAAGGAAUUCAUAUCACGGCCAGCCAAAGAAACCUACAAACCAUGCAAAAACAACAUGUGUCUCUCCAUUGUCCCGGCAACCGAAUUUGAAGAUGUUACUACCUCUGCUACAGAUUUUAUUUCAGACAGCUUAAAGUUCUGCGACGUUGAGUCUUUGCGAGAACGUGUAGGUACUAAGACACUAUUGACAUGUAAUAUAAACUGUACUUAAUAUCUCUCAAACGAUAUGUGUUAUAUUGAUACUUUUAUUUCCUAAUGAACAGAUGUUGUGGGCUGGUGAGGUCCGUCGGCGAAAUCGACCACAUUAUUACUCGACAUGGUAACACACCUUGCCAGAAAUUAAUGCUGAAAAAUCUGGGUUUGGCUGUUUGGGAUGGAGCAAUCAAGAGCACAACAUUCAACUCAUCGACUGCCACAGACUGGAUACAAUUACCAGAUAAGUUCCUCAUCCCGCAUACAGGAAAUAGAAUUAAGGCAAUUACUGAUGUUGUAUAUGAGGAUUUGGAUAAUAAUUUCCAGGAUAUCAACUACAUCAAUAAUCGAGCCAUAGUCACGCCAACAAAUCGAGUAGUUUCGGAGAUCAAUGACUAUAUGUUGGCUAAAGUCAAGGGAGAAGCAAAGACAUACUACAGUUCAGAUUCGAUAGAGGAUGAUACGAUAAACAACAGCAGGUGGAAGAGGAGUACCCAACUGAAUUCCUAAAUAGCUUAUCGUUCAAUGGUGUACCUGAACAUGAACUGCAAUUGAAAGUCUCCACUCCAGUCAUCCUUCUUCGAAAUCUCAAUCCAUCAAUUGGCCUGUGUAAUGGAACAAGGAUCAUGAUUACACAUUUGGGAGAACAUGUCAUCGGAGAGGAGACAGUUCCCAGUCAGAGUGUGCUAUGCAAUGACAAUAAACAAGAUUCAGGGACAAAGUCUUGAUAUAAUGGGAGUCUACCUGCCUAAGCCGGUGUUCAGUCAUGGCCAAUUGUACGUAGCAGUUUCGCGAGUACGAUCAGCUGGUGACUGGCAUAUACUAAUUGACAACGAUGGCGAAGUUCCACAAUCAUAUACUAGAAAUAUAGUAUAUCACGACACAUUUGCUGAUGUGCACACCGCACCGACAUCACACACAGAUGACAUGGACUCCGAUAGUGAGCAGUUCAGGAACCAGGAUAUAUAAGAAGGGACUCCUUUCAUACUCUUUCACAGGUAACCAAAUUUUGCCGAACAUUACUAAUAGUCAAAUAAUAUAUACCCCAAAACCACAAGACGUAUAAUUAUAAAUGGGUUAGCAACUCAAGUUUGAUUUAUAAUUUAUCACUAGAGUUUUUUCAUAAACAUUAUCAAUGUGUUAACCAUGCCAAGACAACGUGCAUUGAAGCCAACCUUUUCGAAGUUACAAUUGUCUAAUGAUGGAAUAAAACCAAAUAGAACAAACAUUUAUAGAGGUACAUAAUCAAAUACAGCAAAAAUUUAUACUGGUACAAAGUAGGUCAUUAAGACUAUCGACGAUAUAAGAUUUUUUUUUAUGAUUAGCGUGAUAUUAAAUUAGUGUUGGGUUCUAAUCAAGUUGCACUUCCUUUUGGUUUUCCAGAUCACUAUAUCGGAUGCACCACAACAACUAUCGGUGAGCUCUCCACUAAAGGAACUUCAAUACGCUACAAAUGAUAAUGUCAACCAAGUUAUCGGCAUGCCAAGACCAUUGUCAUUUCUUUUUUGUGAAAUUUCAUUAUAUUUCAUUGUAAUAUUUUCCGAUAAACCACAAACACUAUGAAUAUCGAUUUUUACAACAUUAAAAUAAACACACGCAUGAUCA